AUGCCAUUGGACUGUAUAGACGCUCUGGGGGAGGAGCUAGCGGCUAUAGCUGCCGGGCGUACGUACAACCCUCCUUCUGUCCCUGUAGACACUUCUGCUGCUGCUGCUGCUGCUGGAGGAGGACGAUCUUCUUAUGCUGGAGCAGCAGCAGCAACGGAAGGCAGCAGAGUUGCUGAUGCUCUUCGGACGACUCAGGAGCUGCUGCUGCAACACAAGCGAGAAGGCAGCGAGGAGCCGCUGCAAGUGCGGCGUCUGCUAGCAGAUGCUGCUGCUGCGGCGGUGCUGCGGCAGGCUGAAGAAUCAGCAGCAGCAGCACGUGAGGCGCUGCUAAAGAAAGGAUAUUCGCUGCGCUCUGCGUGCAGCUACAACCACUAUGUCUUAUAUCGCUCUCGCAGCCCCCUUCGCAACAGGGGCACCUGGCUAGCUGAUACUGAAGAUGCUGUUGCUGCUGCUGCUGCAGCAGCAGCAGAGCAGCAACAAUGGCUGAAGCAGCUUGAAAAGGCUGCGGACACCACAGAGAUACUCGAACUCAACCAUCUGACUCCCCAGAAGCAGCAGCAACAACAACAACAGCAGCAGCAACAGCAGCAGCAGGAGACGGAGCUUCCGGAAUACGGUCCCCAGGGAAGGCCUCAACAGCAGCAGCAGCAGCAGCAGCCGCCACAAUAUAGAUAUCCGCUAGAGGAAGAGCAGCAGCAAGCUUCAGUGCUCUGGGCGCAGCAGCAAACACACCAGCAGCAAACACAUCAGCAGCACACAUAUCAACCGCAAACACACCAGCAGCGAACACAUCAGCAGCACACAUAUCAGCCGCAAACACAUCAGCAGCAAACAUAUCAGCAGCAAACGUAUCAGCAGCAAACACAUCAGCAGCAGCAGCAGCAAAAGCCUCAGCAGCGGGAGCAGCAGCUGCAGCACGACGAGUUGUUUGAGCUAGAACAAAUGCUGCGGAAGUUGCAGGAAGAGAACCAGCAGCAGCAAAUAAAGCUGGAGCAGCUGGUGCAGCAGAGGGAAGAAGCAGCACACAGACGGCGUCUCCACGAGCUGCGCUUCCAAAUGCAGCAGCAGCAGCAGCAGCAGCAGCAGCGAUUUAAGACGCCACCGUCUCGUUGGAGACAGAAGCUUACAACUCCACGAGGCCUGAGGGCCUCCUCCUCGUAUACAGGUGCCGCUGCAGCUGCAUCUGCUGCACCACAACCAUCAGCAGCAGCAGCAGCAGUAGCAGCAGCAACUUCUGCAGCAGCAGCAGCAGAGGCAGCAAUGCAGAACCUUGAGGCCGCUGUUGCGGACCCAUUCCUUUUGCAGCAACGCAGUCCCUCAGCAGCUCCGCUUGAGAGGCGACAGCAUCAACACGAGCUGCAGCAGCAGCAGCAGCAGCAGCAGCGCAUCCGCAGCAGCUCUGUUGCAUUCCCUUCCAGCUUAUCAGGUGAUACAUUAAUACGGAGUUCUCGAGGAAGUCUGUUUUCAAGCAACAAACCGUUUGCAGCGCAGCAGCAGCAGCAGCAGCAGCACUGGCAGCCAACGCAGCAGCAGCAACAGCAGGUCCAACAGCAGCAGCAGCAAACACACGAGCACCCCCAGCAGCAGCAACAGCAGCCACAGCGCGACUUCGCUGAAAGGCGCGCAAAUACUGUGACAAUAUCCAUACCGAAGCUUCGGGUGGGAAGCAGCAGCAGCAGCAGCAGCAGCAGUAGUAGUAGCAGCGCAGCAGACGACGCAGCAGCCUUUUCUAAUUGGGUUACAUUCCACCGCGUUGCAGAGGAGGAGGAAGUAGCAGCAGCAAAAGCAGCAGCAGCAGCAGCAAGACAAACCGAAGACACAUCGCUUAGUGACGUGAGGAUCUCAACAGCAAGCGAUGCAGCAGACGCCAGCAGCAGCAGCAGCAGCAACAGCAAUGGCAGCAGCUACCCAACCGCUGUUCCCACUGUGCAACAGUCAAGAUUGCAGCAGCAGCAGCAGCAGCAAGACAUGCACCAGCAGCAGCAGCAGCAGCAUACACAGCAGCCUUUGAAGCAUGCAAGCUUCACGAGGAUGUUUUACACUCCGGGGCAGCAGCAAGAACAGCAGCAGCAUCGGCAGAAGUCGGAGCAGCAGCAGCAGCAGAAGCAGCAGCAGCAGCAGCAGCAGCAGCAGCAGAAGCAGCAGCAGCAGAAGGGGCGGCAGCAGCAGCAGCAGCUGUACGUAUUCCCUGAAGUAAAGUCUUAUUGGGUGCAUAGCCAGCAAAUGCCUUCGGUGGGCGCAGCAGCAGCACGAAGGAGCAUCACCAGCUCUGUGCUGCUGCACAGAGCUGGUGAAGAUAUGCAUGCAUCUCAGCCUCCACGCAGCAGCAGCAGCAGCAGCAGUAGCAGCAGCAGCAGGUGGUGCAGCUUAUGCAGCAGAGAUUGCUGCCGAGACAUCAACGCCUGCUGCGGUGUGUUGAACAGGCAUGCUUACAGGGGUCCCCCAAUGGCAGCAGCAGCAACAUCAGCAGCAGCAGCAGCAACAACAGCAGCAGCAGCAACAACAGCACACAGCCGAAGCUAUAAGCUAUGGAAGCCCUCAACCGGCCACUGCAGCGUCUUCCCAGUGGUGCCUUUAAGGACUCCCUCAGCAGCAGCAGCAAUAGCAGCAGCAGCAAGAGGAGCAGCAGCAGCUCCAGGUGGUUCUGUUGCUUAUGAAGCUAUAAGGCCAGCGCAUCGAGUAAGAAGCUGCGUAGACAUAAGACGCAAGGUUGCGUGCAACUGCUGA